CCAACAUCCAAAACUCUUCUCCAAGUUUGUAUACGAGCAACCUGCCCGCACGAACCGUGACGUUUUCUUCUCGACUAUCUCAAAUUUCUAUGAGCGCAGCCGCAAGGCGCUUGUCUGCCACUCUUUCCCACCUCUACCCCGCUCCGGUUUCGGUCCCCCCCACCAGCGUCAACAUGGCGCAGAGGACGAAGGUCGUCGUGACACGGCAGCUCAUCGAUGAGGCCCAGAGACUAUUGGAUACGAAUACAGAUCUCGAGAUCGUGCAAUGGCACUCUUCAAAUCCAUGUGACCGAUCAUGGCUCCUCGAGCACGCGAAAGGCGCAACCGGCGUCCUCGUAAUGCUCUCAGACAAAGUCGACGAGGAGCUUCUCCAAGCCGCAGGAGCCCAGCUCAAAGUCAUCGCGUCGUUCUCCGUCGGCACCGAUCACGUGGACCGCGAGGCGCUCAAGAAACGGAAUAUCCGGCUCGGCUACACGCCGACGUGCCUAACAGAUGCCGUAGCCGACCUUACAGUCAUGCUGAUUCUGAUGGCGCAACGAAGAGCUGGAGAGUCGAUGGGCAAGGUGCUCGCUGGCGAAUGGCCGCAGAUGCCGUGGCAUCCGUUGCUGAUGACUGGGCCUCAGAUCUCCCGCUCGACGGUUGGAUUUCUGGGAUUUGGGCGCAUCGGACAGGCCACUCUGAAGAGACUGCUUCCAUUUGGUAUCAGCCGGGCGAUAUACCUUACCUCGAAGCCGGGAGAGCCCGUACAGGAAGACCAUUUCGGCAUCAUCAAGGAGGCAGCUAUCCCCAUCGAGCCCGCAAAGAACUGGGAGCAGCUAGCCAGCGAAAGCGACAUCGUGGUCGUUGGAUGCGCACUCACACCAAGCACGAAGCAUCUCGUGAGCACGGAGUUUUUCUCAAAGAUGAAGAAGCGCGCAGUCAUUGUCAACAUCGCACGAGGGCCCAUCAUCGACACCAAUGCCCUGGUCGAAGCACUAGCGCAGGAGAAAAUAUUCGGCGCGGGACUGGAUGUCAUCGAAAAUGAACCCAACAUCUCCGCCGAUCAUCCGCUGCUCAAGCAGCCGCGCUGCGUGCUGGUGCCGCACAUUGGCUCCGCGACGAUCGAGACGCGAGAGCAGAUGGCGACGGAGUCGGUUAAGAAUCUUCUCGCUGGUCUAAAGGAUGAAGCCAUGGUUAAUGAGGUAGAAUUGUAGACAAACUCUAUGUACGGAACUCUUCCGCUAUCUCAUGUGUUACCGAAUAUAUAAGGCAUCAUAACUGAAGAGCAGAAGGAUUGGACGAUCCUUUUGCCCAAUAUCAUGC